UUUCAGCGCCCUCUGCUCCACAGGACGCGUGACGGCUGAAGGCAGCUGGUGGAGCCCGUCAGGACACCUGUUGCCAAGGAAACCGAAACAGGCGGAAAAACUGAUUAAAAAGCAAAGUUUCAGGAAUUGGCUCGGUGUUUCCUGUUGUUGGAAAGUCUCCACAGCUGUCACAGACUCAGUCAUGUCACCUGCGGUCUUGCUCAACCUUCUGCGCUGCGGUCGGGUCUCCGUCUCCAGACAUGGCGUCUUCGGCGCUCGUUCCUCCCUUGACACUUCCCCGCCAUCCGGACAGAUGGGCAGGGCCCUGCUGGGGGUCAUGGGGGUCCGUCAGACCAGCGGAUCUAUCCGCUUUGAUCAAGACAACAGCGGCCGACCGCUGACGUGGGACUCCUUUGGAAUUUGGGACGACCGCAUAGAAGAACCAAUACUGCUGCCCUCCAGUAUCAAAUAUGGGAAACCCAUUCCACAGAUCAGUCUAUCUCGGGUUGGCAGCACAUCAGUUGUUGGCCUCAGGAAGCAGAACGAGGACCGACUCCGCAUCGGCCGUUUCCAUGAGAGCCUGCUUUACUUCGCGGUGUUUGACGGUCACGGCGGCUCGUACGUGGCAGACUACUGCCAGACGUACAUGGAGAAAUUCAUCAGAAACGCUUUGGAAGAGGACGACAACCUGGAAAAAGUUUUAAAGAAAGCCUUCUUAGAUGUCGACAAGGCACUUCACACUCACCUCUGCCUCUUCAACGAUGCCUCUUUCUUGACCGCCGGAACAACGGCAACGGUUGCCAUGCUGCGUGACGGCCAUGAGCUGGUGGUGGGCAGCGUCGGUGACAGUCGGGCUUUGCUUUGCAGGAAGGGACGGGCCAAAAAGCUCACCAAAGACCACACACCCGACCGCAAAGAUGAGAGACAACGGAUCCAGAGGUCUGGGGGCUUCGUAACAUGGAACAGUGUAGGCCAGGCCAAUGUUAACGGACGUCUAGCCAUGACGCGCAGCAUUGGAGAUUUCCACCUUAAAUCCACUGGUGUCAUUGCAGAGCCAGAAACACAAAGACUCAACAUCCACCAUGCCAGCGACUCCUUUCUAGCUUUGACCACAGAUGGAAUCAACUUCCUGUUGAGUGACCAAGAAAUCUGCGAUAUCAUCAGUCAGUGCCACGACCCGACAGAGGCUGCAGAUGUCAUUGCUCAGCAGGCGCUGCAGUACGGGUCAGAGGACAACGCCACCAUCGUCAUCGUCCCACUGGGAGCCUGGGGCAAACACAAAAGCUCCACCGUCAUCUACAGCAUGAGCAGGAACUUUGCCUCCAGCGGGAGAUGGGCGUGAACAAGACGCUUUUCAGACAGUAGCAGCUAACGGGCUUAAAGUCAACCACGAAAAACACAAACCUACUUCCUUCACGUCGCCCCUCUGAAGCACGAAGAGAUGCUUCUCUGUCAUCGUGUUAGCUGCUGUUGGAUCAGUCAACAGUGUAAAUAGUGUAUUAUAAGAAUUGAUGCUGUACAUACAGGUUUGCUGCCGCAUUCGUCCACCGUGUCGUGUUUGUACAUUUGCUUUUAGAUAAAACACUUCGACAUUUUCCCAAAAAGUUACACCAAAACUAAGAAUGAGUUCAAAUGGUUUGACGUCUUUUUUAAACACAGAUUUCUUAAAAUAUAUAUUCCUAAAGAAAGUUGAAUGUCAAACCAACUGUCCAGACUUCUGACUUUAUGCACACAGAAAGAAGAAGGUUUGACAACAGAACAACUUCCCUUUUUUAUAAAUAGUUUAUUUUCAUAUUUUUGAAGGUCUUGUGAUUUUGAUUUAUGUAGAUGAUGAUAAGCACAGCAGAAAGCCACAAUGAUCCACCAGUUUAUGUCUGCUUUUCCUUUUGCUUUAAUUUCUUAUCAGUUGUAAAUCAACCAACUUCUGGAACCACAGAAAGAGAAACAUACAGGGAAGAAAUAGGAUGUUACACACAUCAACAUUAAAGUGGAAGGAGUGAGAUGUCUAAAAAUCUGUGGGUCGAUGCAGAUGAUAACGCGUGUUUUCACUAAACAUGCAGAUAAUCUAUAACUGUAGCAUCAGUCAUUAAAGACUGAUGUCAAAGCGAGUUUGCUAAAGCAAUUUAUAAUGAGAAAGUCAUCGCAGAUUUGUGCUGGCUGUGGAAAUAAAGCAACAAUUCACAAGAA